ACAGAAACACGGAGUAAAUUUUAAAAUGUAUCUUGAUUGGACAAAAAAGUUCUGUAAACACAUGUUUAGUAAACUUCGGACUUGCAAAAUUCAAAUAUGCCAAUUGGUAAUUUAAAGGGGCUUGUGGGGUUAGUUACUGGUGGGGCAUCAGGACUUGGGAAAGCCACGGUAGAAAGAUUUGUAAGACAAGGUGCUAGAGUUAUUCUAUGUGAUCUUGAGAAAUCACCUGGUAAAGAUGUUGCUGACAAUUUAGGUGACAACUGUAUAUUCUCCCCAACAAAUGUAACAUCAGAAGCUGAUGUGAAAAAGGCUUUAGAAAUAGCUAAAGAUAAAUUUGGGAAACUUGACGUUGCUGUUAAUUGUGCAGGAAUUGGAAUCGCCUUUAAAACCUAUAACUUCAACAAAAAACUACCCCAUAAUCUGGAUGACUUUGCCGAGGUUAUAACAGUCAAUACCAUUGGCAGCUUCAACGUUAUAAGACUAGCAGUUGGACUGAUAGGGGAGAAUCAACCUGACGCAGAUGGACAAAGAGGUGUGGUCAUAAACACUUCAAGCGUGGCUGCAUUUGAUGGUCAGAUGGGUCAGGCUGCUUACUCGGCCAGUAAAGGAGCCAUUGUAGGCAUGACAUUACCUAUAGCAAGAGAUUUGUCUAAUCAAGGAAUCAGAUGUUGUACCAUAGCCCCCGGUUUAUUUAACACACCUUUACUUGCCAGUUUACCAGAAAAGGUUCAGACUUAUUUAGCAUCAACAAUUCCUUUUCCAAAACGUUUGGGUGAUCCAGAUGAAUAUGCCCACAUGGUGCAAACAAUCGUAGAAAACCCAUAUCUUAAUGGUGAGGUCAUAAGAGUGGAUGGUUCAAUAAGGAUGAUGGCAUGAUUUGUGAAGAAAACAGAACAAACUUUUAUUGAAAUGUGUAUUGUGAUAUUUUAUAUUGAAAUGAAGAAAUAAUAUUUG